AUUCACCGCGGGCAAGGUCGCAGGUUUUCAAACUCGCGCGCGAGCUGCAGCACGGUGCAAAAUUCGAAAGUUCAACGUUGGGGUUUUUUUUUCGUUCGUUUUUUUUGCUUCUUGGGGAGUGAGUUGUAACAAGUGAAGUUUGAAGAGGCAAUCAACCCCAAAAGAAGAUCUUCGCGAGCAAGUGUGACGUGUGAUUACCGCAUCAACUUCCUGUGAAAGUGAAAGGAAUUUAAUUAUCGCCAAUUGUAGCCUACCUUAAGGGGUGGGGGACGUAAUUGCCGGUCCCAAUCAAUCAGGGGAGUUGCGCCCACGUGAGUGUCACGUCCCCAAAGAGGACCACUUUGGGACAACAGUUGUGUGCCAGGUGGUUGUGCCCGCCCUCAGACAGGAAUUUAAUAAGAACGGCAAACCCCUAACCUUAGUUGAGGUGUGCGGGUCUUCGCACGCCCACCAAUUUGUACCAUCCGCCAGGAAGCAGGGAACAAGUCUGGCAUUAAUGAAGAAGGACUUCUCGGAUUAGUUUUCAAAAAGCCGUAAGAGCCAUUGGUAAACAAAGUCCUUUUUGCAUCGGUAUUCAGCCUACUUACGAAAAACCAAUAUCAAAAAUGCUUGAGAUUGUUCAUCUACACGUCCAUCAAGUGCCCCAAACUCAAACUAAAUGAAAUUUUGUUUAAUUUUGGAGAAAAACGAAAAUUAGUGUCAGAGGUCACGGUGGCUCUUACGGCUGUUUGAAAACUCACCCGAGACUUGUCCUUUAGUUUGGACGGAUAACAUCGUGUCAAAGGGUGGCAUCGAGGGGUGGUAUCUGGUACGUGAGAUGAUUCCGCCGUGUGGAAUCUGUCGGCGUAGGCCUAUGGUCUGAGACUGGAGGAGGAACACGUGUAAUCUAGCAGACAGAUCAGAAGCAGAAGCUGGAGAAGGAGGAUAGAUACUUCAUUUGCAUAUCUUCCAGCCAAGUCGCAGAAUGUGGAAUAUGGCCUACAAUGGACUGUCCCAGCACGUGGACUUUGUCCGGCUGCCCAACCCGGGCGAGCGGUUCGAGCUGCUGGACCUGAUUGGCGAGGGCACCUACGGCGAGGUGUACAGCGCCAAGGACAAGCACAACGGCCGCAAGUUUGCCGUCAAGAUCCUCGAGAGCAUCGCCGACAACAUCGAGGAAAUCGAGGAGGAGUACCUCGUCCUGCGCGAUCUCUCCAAGCACCCCAACAUACCAGACUUUGCCGGCCUCUUCCUGAAACGGGGCCUCACCGUCGAAGAUGACCAGCUGUGGUUCGUGCUGGAGCUAUGCACCGGUGGCUCGGUUACGGAUCUGGUUCAAGGUCUGCGCAAUCGGGGCUCCCGGUUGAGCAACAACCAGAUCGCGUACAUCUUGCGCGAGACGGUGCACGCGCUGGUGUUCCUGCACGAGAACCACUGCAUGCACCGGGACAUUAAGGGACACAACAUUUUGCUGACGGAGAAUGGACACGUGAAGCUGGUGGACUUUGGGGUGAGUUCGCAUCUGGCGGCGACGAUGGCGCGGAGGAAUACCAGCGUUGGGACGCCGUACUGGAUGGCGCCGGAGGUCAUUGCUUGCGAGCAGCAGCUGGAUCAGUCGUAUGAUUCGAGGUGUGACGUGUGGUCGAUUGGGAUUACGGCGAUCGAGUUGGCGGAGGGUGAUCCUCCGCUGUGCGAGUUGCAUCCGAUGAGGGCGUUGUUUCAGAUUCCUAGGAAUCCGCCGCCGAAGUUGGGGCAUCCGGAACACUACUCGUCGAUGUUGUCGGACUUUAUCUCCGAGUGCUUGGUGAAGGACUUGGAGCAGCGACCUUUUUCGAAGGAGUUGGUAACGCAUCCGUUUAUGAAAGGAGUUGGACCGUACGUUGAACAGGUUAGGCAGGAGUUGAAAGCGGAGAUUCAGCGGCAGCGAUCGGAGGGACGGGCACCGAAGCAAGCGGAAGCCACUACCAAGUACGGCAAGCUUAAAUCUGAUCGUAAGACGAAACCUCAGAAGAUGUACAUGGACGACCUUGCUGCGCUGGACGUCCUAACCGAGGACACCAUCGUAGAGCAGCUUCAAAAGCGCUACGAAACCAACCAGAUCUACACGUACAUCGGUGACAUCCUGGUGGCGGUCAAUCCGUUCGCCAAGCUUGGCUUGUACACCAACUACCACCAGCGAAAGUACGCCGGGAAGACCCGUUCGGACAACCCGCCGCACAUCUUCGCCGUAGCGGACGCCGCUCACCAAGCGCUUGUCCACCAAAAGCAGAACCAAGCGAUCGUCAUCUCCGGCGAAAGCGGCUCGGGAAAGACCGAGAGCGCCAACCUCCUGCUCAAGCAGCUUGUCUUCCUCGGAAAAGCAGUUACCCGCAACCUCGAGGAGCGCAUCCUCCAGGUCAACCCAAUCAUGGAAGCGUUCGGCAACGCCCGAACCGGCAUCAACUCCAACAGUUCCCGCUUCGGAAAGUACCUGGAGCUGACGAUGGCCCGCAGCGGCAAGGUCAACGGAGCCCGAAUCUUCGUGUACCUGCUCGAGCAGAGCCGCGUCGUCAAGCAGGCCGAAGGCGAAGGCAACUUCCACAUCUUCUACUACAUGUACGACGGUCUACAAGCUGAGAAGCGUCUCGAAGAGUACUACCUUCACCCCUCGUACCGCAAAACGCAUCGUUACCUCCAGGAAACGGCCACCCUCCCCAAAACCAACGUCGAACGCUGGAAGCAGCUGCUUGCCAGCUUCAAAGUGCUCGGAUUCCGAGACGACGAAGUCGACAUGGUCAACCGAGUGCUCGCAGCCAUCCUGAACCUGGGCGACCUCGAGUUCGGCGAGAUGGACUCCAACGACAACACCGACAGCAAGGCGCGCGUCAUCGAUGUGGCGCCGAUGCAUCGGGUGUCCAAACUGCUCGGCGUGGAGUCGUCCGAUCUGCUGGAGGCGCUCACCUCGAACUCGGUCGUAACGCGGGGAGAAACCAUCACGCGGCACAACAACGUGGCGGAGGCUUGCACCGCGCGGGACGCCAUGGCAAAGGGGCUGUACGGACGGUUGUUCGACUGGAUGGUGAACCAGAUCAACCUACUGCUGGUGCACAAUCGGCCGAACAACUCGGAACAGCUGGCCGUUGGCCUGCUGGAUAUCUUCGGGUUCGAGAACUUCUCCAAGAACUCGUUUGAGCAGCUGUGCAUCAACAUUGCGAACGAGCAGAUUCAGUACUACUUCAAUCAGCACAUCUUUACGUGGGAGCAGCAGGAAUACAUGGCCGAGGGCAUCCCCGUCGACAUGGUCGAAUUCGCCGACAACCGUCCUGUGCUGGACAUGCUCCUGAGCCGACCCCUCGGCCUGCUCGCCCUCCUCGACGAGGAGUCACGCUUCCCGCGCUCCAACGACCGCUCGCUCAUCGAAAAGUUCCACAACAACGUCAAGUCCAAGUUCUACCAGCGGCCCAAGUCGGACGCCGUAUGCUUCGCGAUCCACCACUUUGCGGGCCGCGUGGUGUACCAGGCGGACGGCUUCCUCGAGAAGAACCGCAACUUCCUGCCGGCGGAGAUCAUCCAGCUGAUCCGGCAGAGCCAGUACGACAUGAUUCGCUUCCUGUUUCAGUGUCCCAUCACCAAGACCGGUAACCUGUACUCGGCCAUCCAGGACACCGGAUCGCGACAGAACGUGUCCAACUUUAUCAAGGUUGAUACCAAGGAAAAGUUCAACUCCCGCGGACUGGCAUCGCAGUCGAGGGCCCAGCAAACGGUGGCCACCUACUUCCGCUACUCGCUGAUGGACCUGCUGCAGAAGAUGGUAACCGGGGCGCCCCAGUUCAUCCGCUGCAUCAAGCCGAACGAGACGAAGGCGGCGAAGAACUUCGAGCCGGCCAAGGUGCUGAAGCAGCUGCGCUACACCGGCGUACUGGAGACGAUCCGCAUCCGGCAGCACGGGUUCAGCCAUCGGCUCGCGUUUGCUGAGUUCUUGAAGAGAUACUACUUCCUCGGUUACGGAUUCGAGGAACGUGUCGUCGCUAGCCGAGAAUCGUGUCGUUUACUUUUAGUACGCCUAAAAAUGGAUGGAUGGGCGCUCGGGAAGUCCAAGGUGUUCCUCAAGUACUACCACAUCGAGUACCUGUCCAAGCUGUACGAGGAGCACGUCCGCAAGAUCGUUCUGGUGCAGGCCUGCGUGCGCCGCUGGUUGGCGAAGGCGUUCUGCAAGCGCGAAAAGCAACGGCUCGCCGUCGUCAGUGCCGUGACGCUGCAGAAGCACGUCCGCGGCUGGUUGACGCGUCGCCGCAUGAACAAGCUGAUUCGCGAGAAGCAGGAGCGGGAACGGGUGGAGCGCGAGCGGGCCGAGAAGGAACGGAUCGCGCGGGAGAAGAAGAACAAUGAGCAAAACAAAGCGAAACAGGCGUUUGCCAAGGCGAAGCUGAUCCACCAGAUGUCGAACCACGAGCUGAUCAAACCAGCGGAGCGAAGCCAGAACGCCGUUGACGUGAACAACAAGGAGAACGAAAAGGCCGCCAUCGUCAUCCAGAGCUACUACCGGGGCUACACGAUCCGCAAGAUGAAACUGACACCCGAGUUGGAAGCGAAAACCAAGUACAUCUUGGGCAUCGCCAAGAACCGCGUCGAAGCGCAACGGAUGAUGCAAAAGGAAGGCUUCUCCAAGGAGGACGCCGCCCGAAUCAUUCAGCGCUACUACCGCACCCACAAGAGCAAAAACGACGGCUCGCGAAGGAAGGGCCCAGCCCCCCAGCCGGUGAAGCCCCUCUCCGCGAAAGACCAGCAGAUCGAUCUGAUUGCGUUCUCGCAGAACGUGCACAUGCUGAACCAGGAGGUGCACAAGAAUCUGCGCGCCAACAAGACCGGCGUACCGCUGGAUGCCAUAGAGAAGCUACCGAGCGACUACAAGCGGCCGCCGGGCUUCGUGCUGGUGCCGGGACUGCUGGGAACGGUCCCGGGUGGUGGCAACGGGGGCAGUACCGCAGGUAGUGGGGACUACUCAAAGUACAGUUCGUUCCGCAGCGCGGAGUGUGACCACGAGAUGACCAAAGAGCUGAUUCAGAGUCCAACCACGGCCCAGUCGUGCUCGGAGUUCGACGAGAUCUCCCCGUGGGACAUGCCCUUCUACGAGCUGGAACGGAAUCUGCGCUCGCAAAGACAACGGAAUCAGCAGCAGCAGCAUCAGCAUCAAUACCAGAACCACCAGCACCAGCCCAGGGUGGUGGACAUUAAUCGUAACGAGAUCCUCGGCGAACGCAAGGUGGAACUGAGCGAACGCAAACAGCAACUGUCCCACAACUGGCACCAGGCGUUCCAGGCGAGCGAGGUGGCCCAGCGGGGUGCGGCCGACCAUCAGCAGCAUCUCCAGCAGCAGCAGCAGCAGCAGCAGCAUCAGUACCAGAACCAGCAGGACAAUAAAUUCAAGGGGAUGGUCAGACCCACCAACCACGCCGAACCGGCCCCCAUCCGGCACAUCCCGGCGUUCAGCUACCUGAACCCGAACGGUCACCAGAUCCUGCGCUACUCACCCAACUCGGCCGAUCCACAAUCAUCAUCCACCGGUGGCGCUCCAUCCCCGUACCGCAGUAGCGACGGCAGCGGCCACCGUUACCACGACAUGCCUUCGCACCAUCUGCUGCAGGAACAGCAGCAAACGCCACCACUUCCGGCUGGAAAGAGUAAGAAGAGCUCCAAGAGUGAGAACAAGGCAAAGGAGAAGGAGAACAAGGAGCGCAAGAAGAAGGAAAAGAAAGCGGCCAAGAAGGAGAAGGAACGGUCGGCGAGUUCGAGCAACUCGACGGCGGUGAGCAGCGGGGAUAAGGUGAGGAAGGAGUCCAAGAAGGGAAGUCGGGCACCGGCGCCGAUUCCGCCGCCGCAGCAGGUUCCGCAGAAGCGGUUGAUUGAGCAUCAUGAAUAUCAGAACAUUUCGGAGGAGACUAAGAUUGAUAGCAAGAGUCCGGUGAUGAGGAUGUUUGGGGAUACGAACUUCUUGCUGAAUCAUAGGAGGAAGACCUCCGGUCAGCAGAGUCAGACUCAGCAGCAGCAGAAGGAGAGUGGUCUCAGCUGUGGCCAGGGCGUUUGCGAGCUGCUGAAUGGCGUGUAUCGUUUCUCCCCGCACGUGACCUCCUUCGCGGAGCUCGAGUCCAACAAGAGCAACGUCAGCACGCCCACGUUGAUCGUUGGCGGAAAGGGAUCGUCGGCGGCGACCUCCACGAACCACUCGCACCCCUCAACGCUCGACCCGAAAGAGUACCAGAACUUUAACGUGUCCAAGUAUCUCAACAUUGACGUCAAGACGCCGAAUCUGCGCAAGAACCACGUUCACGGGCAUCACCAUGGUCAUCACCACAUCAGCUCGAACGCGAGCAGUUUGAGUUCGGGGAGUAGCGGAAGCAACUCGCUGAACUCGUUUGACUCGGUUGAGCAGGCGAUCAUCUUUCAGAAGAACAAGAAUCCGGACUCGUACCUGGGGCCGUUUAACUUCCGGCAGUUGUUGAGGCCAACGCAGGGGCCGACGGAGUCGUUGCGGAAGCGGAAGGGCAUUAAUCCGCCGUCGCCGCCGCCGCUGCAGCGGGGGAAGAGUUGAAUGGGGCGGAGUUUGAAUUUGUGAAUUUGGUCAAAAUUGUUCGGAUAGACCUACUCGUUUUGCGUUCACCCGGAGGGGUUUUGAGCGACGUGGGGGAUGAGGUAAUCAAUCUUCUUUCUGGAGAUAUUUCUACUAGAAGUCUCUACUAGAAGCACAUUUGAUCUCGUAGUUUGUAGGUGCACGGUUUAUCGAAUCUGCUGUCUGCUACUUUUCCGUUUGAAGUGGAGGAGGUGAGCAAUUCUGUGAGAAAAAUUGAAUCGAGGAAACUUUGUUUUUACCGUUCUUUGGUGGAUUUCAAAAAGUAUACAAUAGUAUUCUUUUUGGGGGAAAUUUAAUUCUAUGGUUUAUUUCCUAAACAGUAAAAUUCAUCAGUAAAUUUUAGAAACUUUGUGUAGCUUGAAAUAAGGCAUAUAUUCUUAGAAAUUUUAAUCGAAAUGAGUUUUAAAAUCUGUCAAAAUUGGCAUCAAAUUACCGAAAGUGUAUUGAUGAUUUAAAAUUUAUAUUGCUGCCGAAGUAUUAUAAAAUUUCCUUAAUAUCAGUAAUUAGUAAUGUGAAAAAUAAAUAUAACAACCAAAUUGAAAAAAAGGAUAAAAAUCAAAAUUCAAAUAUCAAGCCCAACCUUCAUUUUUUUUAAGCAAAUAGUAUUGAAUUUAUUAUAUACCAAUGAAUUUAUGAAAAUAUUUGUUUCCAAAAUUCUAAAUUUGCUAAAUUUUUAAAAGCAUCUUAUUUGAUUAAAAAUGUGUACAUAAAUAGUUGUUUCCAAUUUAUGUUAACAAUCAAUUCGACAAGUUUUUCAAAUGAAAAUUUCGAUUUUUCCGAAGAAAUCUGAGAGCAAUAAAAGCCCAAACUAUCUUUUUUUUUCUCUGAGAAACGUAAACAAUGCAAUAAAAACUUAUUUUUAUCCUUAAGACUUUGUGAUGCUUUUUAUUUUUAGUUGAUUUGACUUUUUAAACAUUUUUGCCUUCCUCCUUUCGAACCAAUCAACAAAAACUUCCAUUAUUCGAUUCUAUUAUAAUAUUUGUCUGCCUUUGUGGAUCAAUCGGACCGCGCACUGGACUCACAAUCCAGAGGUCGCCGGUUCGAAUCCCGAGGCGGACGCAAACAAAUUCUAAGUGUAAAAUAUAGGUAUUCGGUGCCCUCUCCCCGUGCCCAUACCUUCACACUUAGGAGACCCGGGAGGCGGAGUCUUGUCGCAAAAAGAACGAUACACGCCUGUGGAUCCGUUGACGAAACCGCAAGGUUUAAGAGGGCCACAUUAUAAGGUGUUACGUCGAUUCCGUUUUCAUAAUAUUUGCAUGUUUUUUUUAUAAUUGUCUUUUAAGGACAAAACCCAAAAUUCACUUCACUCUCAAGUGUUCCAACUGAUUUCUAGAUGAGAACAAAAGAUGAUACGUUUUCAUUGAAUGAUGAAUAAUUUAUUUGUUCUUUGAUCUUAUGGUUGAAAUGGAAUACAUUAUUAUUAUUUGUAAUUUAAACUUUAGACAUGAUGUUUUUUAAAUAAAUUUUUCUUGAUAAUGAGUUUAGAUAGAUAAAUGAGAACUGGAUAAAAUGUGUUAAAACAUAUUUUUGAGCUCUUCAAAACAAUUUUAUACCGUUAUUAUUAUUGCUUUUAUAAAAGAUUUUUUUUGUUUGUAGUAUUGGCCGAAUUUUAUUUUUAAUUUUGCAAAAUAACGUCGAAAUGGUGCAUAUUUUGACACCAUUUUGACAAAAUAUCAAUAAAAUAACAUUAUGCAAACGUGAAAAGAGUUCGUAAAAUUUUUGAAAAGAAGCUUUAUUUAAUUGCUUUUAUUUUCUUUUUUUUUUCUUUUUAUUUUUAAUUGACAAAACAUAGAUUUCCUAAAUUCCUUUUUUAAGUCGUUUAAUUCACAUGAUUUACUGCAAUUAUUUUUUAUCAUUUAUUCAAUCUAUUUUUGCGAUUUUUUAAAUAUCAUCUGUUGUCAGAAGGAAUUAAACUGAAAUGAAUUUAUAUACAUAUUUUUAUAACCUCAAACCAAUUUGACCCAGUUUUGUUUCUUUUAAAGCAAUAGACCACAAUUUAAAAAAAAAUCGAAAAAAAAAAUAAAAAAGUUUGAAAAUAUUGCAAAAAUACAUGUGUAUUACAAAAUAAUUAUUGAAAAUUCAGAAAUCUAUAUUUUGUAACAAAAAAAUAUAUUUACUGAUAAUAGAAGCAAAUUGAAUGUAUGCAAUUAAGCUUCUUGUCAAAAUUAACAUCAUAUUUUGAACUUCGUUUAAAUUGAAAUUCGAUAAAUAAAAAAAAUAGAAUUGAAUGAUCAAAUAUCCCUUCAGUUUUCUAUUUUCUUGAUAAAUUUAGAAACAGAAGAGGGCAAACAAAGAGAGAAAAAAUAAAAUCUAAAUGGUCUUAGACAAUAAUAAAAUUUAUUGUCCCACAACACAAAGUUUUUUUAAAGGUCAUUCUUUAAAAAACAUGUUUGAAAUUUUUGAUAUUUUUUUUCAAAAUUAAAUAUUUAAGUUUUACAUAGCCAGAAAAUGUCGAAAAAAAUUCUAUUCAAAUUUUUGACAGCUGAUUUUCUGAUUCAAAUUUGCUCAUGGAAUCGCUCAGUUUUGCUAAAUUGAUAUGAAAAGAAAACCUACCAACUCGAUUAAUCUCUACAACUUAAACAAGGAAACAAAUUGAUCGGAUCAAAGUCCCAAAACACGUAGGGCUGCUCGUCCUUUUCCUUUUUUCCCUAAGGCAAAUCCUCAUUUAUUUUUGCGGUUCGAAAAUUAGGCAAGCAAAUAAACAGGGCAAAGAUGAACGUGAAACGAUUCAGGUCUAUCCGCAUUUCCGAAAAUGUACGCUAUCUUCGUAGUUUUUUUUCAGUUGAAGUGGAAUUGAUAUUAAUUUUACGUUUGAGUUUAUAUGUUUUGUUUGUCCAACUUUCGGGGGUUUCGGUACACGCAAGCACACAAACAAUUACACCUACACACAAUCAUUAGUUAGCCGCCGUAGGGAUAAGCUAUUACUCGCACUCAGUAAAGAGUUACCUAAACUUAACUUUUCCCUCAUCUUUUCCCGCUCGCAUAAAAAGAAACUGGCCGCGAAGCAGAACUGGGUUGUCUUAUCUCGCCGUUUUCCACCAAUUGCGCGUGUUUGGAAAGGGGCAUUUAAUGAGUCAGCACAGAAGUGAGCAAUCGAGAAAAAUGGAAUUGAAAUCCACCGAAAAGCAGCAAAUAGUACAAAAUCUUGAAAUUUGAGAAUGCUUAUCGUGGUCAGUUUUAAGGUGAAACGAGUGGAAUAUAGUCUUUUGUUUUCUGGUUUCUUGAAAUUGUUUGACGCAGUUUUUAUAAUUUAUUGCCUAUCUUAAUUUAACUAUGUUUUUCGUGUUCUACUUGUAAUCUGUUGUUUUGUUCGUUCUUUGUUAUAUCUACCGUUUAGUUUGUAAGCUAGAACUUAUUCUAAAGGAAACAAUCAGCCAAAGUUUGCGCUGGAAAGUAAAACUUGUUAUGUUAACCAAACUCUGUCGUUAUAUAAAAUAUGGAUGGUUGUUAGUUGUUAAGCACACACCUACAUAACACACUCAUACAUUCACACUGAUUUUGGGGGUAGUCUGUAACGAUGGUAUAAAUCUAAAUAAAACAUAAAAAUCAAUGUAAAACUCAUGGACUCACCAAACUACACCAAAAACUAGAAUGGAACUAAAUAAA